AUGGGAUUCACUUUUUCGGAAAUUCGCCGGCGUCUUCUUGCGGUUGUGGAAGACCUUCAUAGUGCACACUUGCAGCCAUCCUUCUCCACGAUAGUAUCUUCACCGAGUCUUUGCGUUCGUGGAUGUAUGCAGUCGGUUUCAGCCGGUGCUGAGGGUAUCGUAUGGGCUCUCGCCAAGGAUGGGGUCGUUUAUGCUCUUUCUUCUGCCUAUAAUUUAUUCUCCGGAACCCAUUCCACUGGUGUUUGCAGAAGACAGACAUUCUUAGAGAAGUGGUUGAAUAUCAGAAGCAUGUAUUCAUUCGUGGAUUCGUCUCAUUCCAAGGAACAUCUGGCGGAACUUCAGGGUGGAUGGAAGGACCAAGUGCAGCUGCCAUCUCGUGAAUGGAGCUGGCUUGACGCCGAAUGGCAAGUGGUCGAUAAAGAGAAGUACGAAGAUGGUUGGACAUACGCAGACUCCAUCGACGGGCAGUACCGCGCAUUCACGAAGAAAAAGAAUCAAUUCCGACGACGCCGAUGGCAACGACGUUGUCGAUUUGAAGGUCGAGGACCAUGGAUUGCCGUUGAGACACCUCCAGUUCGCUCGAUUGAAGUGCAGAAGAUGAAAGCCGAUAGGGUAGAAAAUUUAUACUUGUUUGGGCGGUUACCUACGGACGGACAAGUUUUGCUUAGACAAGGUGUCACAAGCGAACAUCCUCAAGGAACUACUUGGAAACAUAUUAUUGGGGAUUUCGCCAUCAGUUCAAUUUCUUGUGCUUCUCCGACAUGUGUUUGGGCGACUACAGUGGAUGGCAGAUUGCUGCGACGAGAGUGCUUGGAUCAGACGGAUAUGGAGUCUGUUGACUGGUCAGAAGUAGUUUAUUCCCCGUUGAAAAGCGUGUUCUCCUUUUGUGCCUCGGAGAACUACGUCUUUAUCCUCCCAGCAAGUGAUCCUCAGCUCAUUCUUAUCGAUGUAAAACGCUUGAGUUCGAAGAUCUGCCUGUCCAUUCCAAAAGCUAUUUGUAUCACUGUGGAUAAACAGGGUAAUCUGUACUAUUGUGAUGGGUCAAGUAUUGUACAAUUGGAGAAGUACUAUGUAAAUGUCAAUCAGCAGUGCGAAGUAGAUUUCCGAAUUUCGGAGAGAAUUUCGGAUGGAAGCUAUGCCCAAUGUUGUUUCGAAUGA